AUGAUUGCCACUAAAACCAUGCUAUCAAGCAGCAAGCUGAAGAUUAAAUUUGCCUGCAAAAGAAUUGAAGCUGAUCUUGGGAAAAAAAUAGAAGCUGAUCCUCAGAAACGCUCGUGUGACUUUGGGCAUCAAGCCUCACUUAAUGAGGUCAGCUCAAUCGCAAAACCUUCUUUCCCAGGUUCUAAGAAGCGUGCAGCGCCAGAAGCUCUCGAAUCUCAGAAAGAGAAGAAGCUGAAGAUGGAUCGUAGUGUGACGUUGCAGUGUUCAACGAUUCUGAAAACACUGAUAACUCAUAAGGAUGGUUGGGCUUUCAGUAAACCAGUUGAUCCCUUGUCUCUAAACAUUCCUGAUUACUUUCAUAUUAUCUCUCAUCCCAUGGAUUUGGGCACGAUAAAAUCAAAGCUGGAGAAAAAUAUGUAUCGCAACACUGAAGAGUUUGCAGCUGAUGUCAGACUGACUUUUUCUAAUGCCAUGGUCUACAAUCCUCCUGCCAAUAUUUUUCAUCAGAUGGCUAAAAACCUGAAUAAGAUUUUUGAGAUGAGAUGGGGUCUUUUAGGGGGGAAAUUGAAUCAUGGAAGCUCAAAGGUUGAACCGGGGAAAUCAUCGAGUGGUCAAAUUAAGAAAGUAACUUAUACAAGGCAGAAUCCCGAUAGAACUCCUCCCUUUCAUAAUAUGUCGGUGACCAAGAGGUCCAUGCCUUCCGAAGAGAAGGUCAGAGUUCAUGUUGAUACAAGGCAGAAUCCCAGUAGAACUCCUCCCUUUCAUAAUAUGUCGGUGACCAAGAGGUCCAUGCCUUCCGAAGAGAAGGUCAGAGUUCAUGUUGGUGCGAGUGAUGGUGAGGCAGAGCUUUCCAAAACAGUGCAGCAUUGCAUUCCCAUAUUGUUAGUAAAGAACUCUAAUAGAGGCACUGAUACUGGCAGUAGACAAGCUUCAGGCUCUAUGAAUGCAAAGCAGCCAUCAAGCCCGGUUGGCAGAAAAUGUGGUUCAUGUGGCAACCUUGCAUGUCGAUGUGGGCUUCCUUGUGACUCAAUGGGCAGAGAUCAUUGUUUGUCUAGUCCCAAUGCAUUCAAACUGGAUUGUCAAGCAAAAAGCUUGUCGACAUCCCAUAUGAGCAAGUCAGAUCCAGAAUCUGAUGGGGCUGUAAGUGCUUUGGAUGAUGAAAACGUUUGUCCCAGCCCUCAGCUUACAACUCCAGUAACGGAUGCUGCUUCUGGAGAAGAAUGGAAAACUUCUCUUUUUGAUGUUCCACUAUCACCAAAAAGAGCUCUCCGUGCUGCAAUGCUAAAGAGACGCUUUGCAGACACUAUUUGGAAAGCUCAACAAGAAAAACUCCUGGAUCAAGGUGGUAGAUGUGAUCCAAUGAAGAUGCGACAGGAAAAAGAAAGAUUGGAGAGGAGGCAGCAUGAAGAGAAGGCAAGGAUUGAAGCUGAAAUAAGAGCUGCUGAAGCCGCCACACGAAUGAGGGCUGAGAUUGAGUUGAAGCAGCAACGGAAGAGAAAAAGAGAAGAAGCUCGAAUUGCACUUGAGAAGAUGCAAAGAACGGUCGAGAUUGAUCCAAACUUGAAGAUCCUAGAGGAACUUGAAAGAUUAACUGGAUUCUCUCCAUCCACUCCCCUUCUCAACUGUAAGGGUCGGUCUGGGGCGUUUGGGGGAGCGCACCUCCGAUCGCCUUUGGAACGGUUAGGUUUGUUUAUAAAGGCUGAAUAUUCAGGAGAUGAGGAUGAUGAUGAGUCAAUUCUGAACGAGGAUGGGGAGGAAGGGGAGAUUGUUUGA